AUGCUGGGGUCGGAAUGUGCUGGAACAGUUCUUGCAGUCGGUGAGGGUAUCAAAGGCCUCUGCACCGGGGAUCAUGUAGCGACGAUCCCGGGCUUCACGAGCGUUCCUGGAUUUGCCACAGAGAUGAAGGGUCAUGAAUGCGCGGUAUACGGCGAACAAGCCUACGUGCCGGCGGAUAUAGUGGUCAAGAUGCCCAACGACAUAUCAUUUAUUGAUGGGGUCGCGUUAUGGAUGCAGUACAGCACGGACUGGAAUGCCAUGCUUGAUACUGCUAAGCUACAAAAGGGCGAAUACGUGCUAUUGACAGCGGCAACGUCGUCCAUGGCAAUCGCAGGGGGCCAUUACAAUCUCGAACAGGAUAUAGCGACGGAAGUGGCACGUAUCACGGACGGCAUCGGCUGCCGCGUCAUCUAUGACCCGAUUGCUGGAGAGAAUAUCAACAAGCUGCUCGAUGCACUUGUCAUCAACGGUAUUCUCCUUAUUUAUGGCGUCUUAGACCUGUCACCAGCUUUAAUAGACCCGCUGAAGGGGAUGGCCAAGUUUGCCACUAUUAAGUUUUCAGCUGUUUUUCAAACUUUAUCGAACCCAAAGAAGCGCGCCAAGAUGGUGAAUUUUGUGCUAAGAGUUAUCUCCGAGGGCGUGUUGAGGCCUGUUAUCGACAAAACCUUUUCGUUUCACGAUAUUGCCGAAGCGCAUCGCUAUCUUGAGAGAAACCAGCACGUUGGAAAAGUGAUUGUGACAGUUGGUUGA